AUGGCGACUCCAUUCUCGUGGUCGGAUACCCUAAAAAUCACCAUCGGUACAUGUUUGCCAUGUAUCAAGCCCAAGGUUGGGGCGGGAGACUCUGGGGACGACGAACCUAAUAACCAGAACAACAAUGGCACCAUAAGCCGGAUACCCCGUGCCCGCCCCGACGAGCUACAAGGCCUGCUCGCAGACCCCGAAACAGACCCUGAAGCGGAGACGAUGUCGCUGCACUCGAACCCUGGACGAAGCAAGCGGAAGAAGAAACGCUCGUCCAAAAACAACCAUUCACGUACAUCGCUCAAGUUGUUUGGGUACAAUUUGUUCGGUUCGCAGCCUAUCCAGCUCCCUGACGACGGCGAAGAUGCAUUGUAUCAGGAUGACUGGCGGAGAAGGAGGAGAGAGCGGAACGAGAGUUUGUCUGCUCCCAGCAUUGCCACCGCCCACUCUACGGCGAGUACAUUCGACUUGGAUGCAGCACCGUUGGACGCAGAGACCAUCAACGCCCUUUCUUCUCCAUCAGCAGUAGAGGCCGCUGCUCAGGCAGCAGCGGAAGCUGAAGCCCAGCGCUUGCGGGAGAAGGAGGAACGCCGACGAAAGCGACGGGAGAAGAAAGAGUUGAGGAGGCUUGCUGAGGCUUUGACUGCACAGAAUGUUGAUGGAGAUGAUUUCGAAGGAUUUCAAGGAAGCGGCAGCGGGGUGCCAUCUCUGCCCAAGGCAUCCCCUGGGCAUCCACGCAUCCCUAAUGCAAUGUACCCAGGCGGACCAACCUCAGACUCCGGAUCUGGGUCUGGUUUCUCAGGCUCAGUGACAGACGGAUUUGGUAGAUUUAUAUCGGCUCCAAAUGGUGCCCCUCUGCACCUUCCACAUAACGAUGAGGACGAGGAGGCAGCGGACCUGGACGGAGGCGUGUACUCGCGCAACCAAGCGCGAGACGCGGUGGCUUUGGGUUCGGAUUCACGGAGCAGGACGUCUGCAUCCGCAAGUGAUAGACCACAUGCUCACCAGUAUCCCGGUGACCAACCGCCUCGCAACAACGUGCUCGCCAAUCUUCGCUCCCGCUCCCGAUCCCAUUCUCACUCACAUGCCUCGUCGUCCCGCGUGAGCUCGCCUCUGCAAGCCCACUUUGAACAAGCUCCAGAGACCGAGGCUACAUCCUCGCCGUCUGGCUCCACCGUUGCCAUUAAGAAGCGCAGAAAGAACAGGACAUCUACAACUGCAUCGUCCCGCACACCACAGUCAAGGUCGUCUGCCACGACAUCUCAGUCACACUCGCCCUCCAUUUCGUCACCCAUCUCACCCAACUUUACAAAAGAAAUUGUGAGCCCGAGUACGAUUGAACAAGGUCAAGGCUUUUUUGAUCUCGAAGACGAAGAUGUGUCUCCUCAACCUCAACCACCACCAGAGGUGGAUGUUGAUAAACCUGGAUCUGGUUUCCCUAGUACACGUAUAGGUGGGGGAGGAGGGUUCCCAAUGACCGGUUUUGGCUCCGCAACCGCUGGCCAGAGACGCACAGCGAAGGAUUUUGGCGCAUUCUUGGCUAGACGAGGUGAAGAUGACGCCGACGCCGACGUGGGACUAUAA